AUGCAUUCUACUUCCUGUUCAAAUGAUUAUUUAAUUCAUAUAAAUACUAAUAAUUCGUCUAAAAAAUCUACCAAAUUAAUCUAUUCAAAGUGGAAUUAUCAAAUAAACAUUCUUGUCUUUUUGUAUCAUGUACCUCAUAUUCAAUCUGUGUUUGCAAAUGAAUAUGAUGACGCUCUGGGUAUUAAAGAAUCGGAUAAUUCUGGUUCUAAAAUGGCUCGAAAAUGA